AUGGAAACUGAAAAGAAAAUGGAAACUGGCAGAAUGAAUUGUUUAGCUAUUGAUGGCAGUAAACCUUGCGAGCUUGCAUUUGAAUGGUACGCAAAUAAUUACCAUCGAAAAGGUGAUACCUUAAUACUACUACAUAUACACCAGAUGCCUCAAUUGCCAAUAACAGCAAUUUUAUCUGGUUACUGUCCAUCAAGCGAAGAAAACCGAAAUCAAAUAGAUGAAAGUAUUAAAGACAGUGAAAAUAUUAUCGAGAAGUUCAGAUGUCUUUGCAAAGAAAAUGAUAUUGAAUACACUGAGGCGGUUGUGGAUGAUAACGCAAAACCUGUCGGUUGUAUGAUUUGUGAGUUAGCGAGGAACAAAGCCGCAGAAAUAAUAGUAAUGGGACAAAGAGGUUUAGGAGAAUGGUCAAGAACCUUAUUAGGCAGCACUAGUGACUAUGUACUUCAUCAUUCCGAAGUUCCUGUUAUAGUUGUUCCUCCAAAUACUCUUUUAUAA